AUGGCCUCCAACCAAGACUACUACUCCUCCUCCUCUGGCGCUCAGCAGCAGCCAGGGUCCCAUCUCCCACCGAUACGGUCGCCCUCGCCCGUGUCCAUGCUGGAUCCUCGCUACGCCAACUCACAAGCAGGCACGCCUGCACCAUCCUACCACACGAACCCCUACGCCGCGCCGCCUUCCACGCUCGGCUACAACAAGACUCCUUCGCCCGCACCGUAUCCACCAGACCAGCCCUCGCGCACGGGGCCGUCGCCUUUCGAUACCGUUUUCGACGACAAUGUUUACCCGAUAAACUCGAGACACGACCCUGCCGCCGCGAGCAACAGCGACAUGUCGCAACAGGGCUACUAUAUGCAAGACACGGGCUACUAUGGCCAUGGACGAGGUGUCCCGAAUCACCCAGAGGACAUUCCGCUCCAAGAUCACGCGGGAGGCAAACCAGGAGACCCUGAGAUGCUCAACGACCACGUGUACGAUACGCCCGACGGCUCGGGAAGGCGCAAGAAGAGGAAGCAAAAGAUCGCGCUGGGCCAGCUGGGCAUGAUCGCCUCGGACAAGAAGCGCAUCCCCUGGUGCGUCUACAUCUUCACCGUAGCCCAGAUUGCCGUGUUCAUUGGCGAGAUUGUGCAGAACGGCAUCCUCACGGGCUCGCCCAUUAUGAUCAAGCCGCAGUUCAACUACAUGAUCGGGCCGUCGACGCAGGUCAUGAUCAACAUGGGGGCUCGCUAUGCCCCAUGCAUGCACAUCGUGCCCCAGAUCCAGGGCUCCGAUAUCGAGGUCAAGUUCCUGUGUCCCAACGCCACCAGCUGGGAGGAGACGUGCCCUCUGUCGACCCUCUGUGGCUUCGGAGGCGACGUGCCCGAUCCCGUGUUUGACGGCAACGAGGACCAAGAUCCACGCCCGAACCAGUGGUACCGCUUCAUCAUCCCCAUGUUCCUGCAUGCCGGCAUCAUCCACAUUGGGUUCAACAUGCUCUUGCAGCUGACCCUGGGACGGGAGAUGGAGCAGGUCAUCGGGUCUAUCCGAUUCUUCCUUGUCUAUGUGAGCUCUGGCAUCUUUGGCUUCGUCAUGGGCGGCAACUUUGCGCCGCCCGCGAUUGCCUCGACCGGAGCCUCGGGUUCCAUCUUUGGCAUCCUGGCGCUCAACCUGCUCGACCUGCUGUACUCGUGGAGCGACCGCAAGAGUCCCGUCAAGGAUCUCCUGUUCAUCUUUGCCGACAUGAUCAUCUCCUUUGUCCUGGGUCUGCUGCCUGGCCUUGACAACUUCUCCCACAUUGGCGGCUUCCUGAUGGGUCUAGCCCUGGGCAUCUCGGUCCUUCACUCGCCCAACGCCCUGCGUCUGCGGAUCGGCCAAGACACGACGUACGCCCGGGUGACCGAGUCCGAGGCAGGCAUCCAGCCCUUCCUCAAGAACCCCACGGCCUUCUUCAAGGGCCGCAAGCCCCUUUGGUGGGCGUGGUGGCUGGUGCGCGUCGGCGCCCUGAUCCUGGUGGUGGUGGUUUUUAUCUUCCUCAUCACCAACUUUUACACAUCUGCGCACAGUUGCGACUGGUGCAAGUAUCUCAGCUGCAUUGUCAGUCGUCCCUCGUCCCAAUUUUUCAGCGAUCAUCCUGCUAACAGCGACUAG